AUUUCUGUGGACCAUGCCUUCAACAAGGGUCAUGUGAACUGUUGCUGGGCGUGACCCCACAGGUCUCCUGCUGUGUGCUGCACGGUUUAAAUAUUGCUGAAACUAAAUACCGAAUGCUCAGAGCCCACCGUUUUUGAGCUGUGCGAGAUCAGCCCGUAUCAAUCCCCAAACUGUGUCCCAGGAUCCCAGCAACCAGUGAGCAAUGGGUGAUUGGAGUUUCCUUGGGAAUAUUUUGGAGGAAGUGAAUGAGCACUCCACUGUGAUCGGGAGAGUGUGGCUGACAGUGUUGUUUAUUUUCCGCAUCCUUAUCCUUGGCACGGCGGCCGAGUUCGUGUGGGGGGAUGAGCAGUCUGACUUCGUUUGCAACACUCAGCAGCCGGGCUGUGAAAACGUCUGCUACGAUGAAGCGUUCCCCAUCUCGCACAUCCGACUCUGGGUACUGCAGAUCAUUUUCGUAAGCACGCCGUCCCUGAUGUAUGUGGGCCAUGCGGUGCACCAUGUCAGGAUGGAAGAGAAGAGAAAGGACAGGGAAGAAGGGGACAGUCAGCAGCACAUGAACACUGAAAGGCUACUCUUAGCUCCUGAAGAGGCUCUGAAAGACAUCGGCAAGACCAACAAGAGAUUUCGCCUGGAGGGGACCCUGCUGAGGACCUAUAUCUGCCACAUCAUUUUCAAAACCAUCUUUGAGGUGGGUUUUGUGGUUGGUCAGUACUUCCUGUACGGGUUCCGCAUCUUGCCCCUGUACCGCUGCGAAAGGUGGCCUUGCCCCAACUUUGUUGACUGCUUUGUCUCCAGGCCAACGGAGAAGACAAUCUUUGUGAUUUUCAUGCUGGCCGUAGCCUCAGUGUCCCUCUUCCUGAAUUUUGUGGAGGUAAGUCACCUGGGCUGGAAGAAGAUCAGGUUUGCUUUCCGAGAGCCUGGCCAGCAGCCUGAAGCCUACCCAGAGCCCAAGCCAUACCAUUCCAUUGAUGUUGCUUCGGUACCGAAAGCGAAAGGGUACAAGCUCCUGCAAGAGGACAAACCUACUCCCGCUUUCUUCCAACUGACAGCAGCUGGGGUAGACCUGAGCUCGGUGCCGUCCAUCACCUAUCCGGAGAAAGCAAAGGGUGUUGGCCCGGUAGAUAACCUGGUAAAGAUUCAUAACGAGACUUUGCUGUCCUACCAACAACAUGAAGAUGCUGAUCCCGAGCAGCAAGCUGAUCCGGCGGUACAGGCUGAUCCCGAUCCCGAGCCUGUCCCGCUCGCAGAACCCGAGGAAGAGGGAGAGAAGAACGAACUGGAACCUCUGACAACAGCCAAUGAGAGCCUGGCGGAUACACGGCCCCUCAGCAGAUUAAGCAAAAGCAGCAGUCGAGCUCGCUCUGAUGAUUUAACUGUAUGAGGUAAAUACCGCUACCAAGAGUGUUCGAGGAGCCUAAGUGUAAAAACCACCGGGGAAACUGAUAGCCGGCCUGGACGAAUUCUGCGAAGUCUUGAGAACAGACGCAAUGAGCUCAAGACGGAAAAAAAAAGUUCAACUUUUCAGCUCUAUGCCUUCGUUUUCACUGAAUGGCAUCGCAACAGUUACACAAUAAGAAACCUUUUAACGUCUUUAGAAGAACCAACAGGACCCCGGUGUUUUUUUUUUAGAUAUUCUCGAUGUUUAGUAUCAAAAGUGUUCAAAGUAUUUGCAACUACAUGUAUAUUAACCAGACCGCUAACUCCCAAAUCGAUCUGGAUCCGAAUUCUCACACGUUGAGGUGUGUCAUUGGGAUGCAAAAGUGCCAUUUGAAAGAUCAGAGAAUUUUGGGCUUUAAAUGAUGUGCAACUGCCUUACACUCAGUUAUUCUUGGUCUUUCAUGGCUGUGCAGUUAAACCUUUCAUUCAGAAACUUGACCAACCCUUCAGCUGUGGAGUGUAGCAACCUUGUGAUGACGAUCAUUUUAAGGAGAGUGGGGAGGGUGUCGCUUCGUAGCAUCGGCGAAUUCCUAGCCUCAGCAGAAAUGCGACUCUCCUGCUGUUUUAUACAAAGGUCUUGAUUAUUUAGGUAAAUGUUUCCACACUAAUACCCAUUGCCAAUCCACCGCACCGCACCGCCCCCCUCCCCUCUCCCCUCCCCUCCCCUCUAUGAUUAGAAUGGGUGCAGAUGCAAUAUGCCAAAUGGCCUAUUUCUGUGCUGGAAUAUUUCUAUAAAUAGAAAAAUGUGAACAGCAUUUAUAAGAUGCAAUCUCUUUUCACAAGAAUAUGGAUGAUCCCAAAGAGGAAUCAAGAUUCCUGGGUGAAAGCAACAGAUUGGGGAUUGAUGGAGUCAAGUGAAUGGAGUACUCUGAGCUUUCAUUGUGCAACACCCAACAGUGGCAAUGAUAAAUAAUCAGAAAAAGUCAGCUAUCCAAUUGAAAGACAUAAGUAUACCCACAGUGCAACAGCAGGCUAUUCAGCCCAUCAAGUCCACACUGCCCCUCCAAAAAGCAUCACACCCCAUCUCUGUAACCCUGCAUUUGCUAUGGCUAAUCCACCUUGCCUGCACAUCCCAGCAUACUGUGGGAAAUUUCACAUAACCAAUCCACCUAGCCUGCCCAUCUUUGGAUUGAGGGAGGAAACUGGAGCACCCAGAGGAAACCCACACAG